AUGACGCUGUUUCAAGAUGCUCAACAACUAUCUCUCUAUGCUGGUCUCUUUCUACUCGUUUUCGGUAUAAUUGGUAAUGGAAUUAAUAUUCUAGUCUUUACUAAAGUGCGAAUUUAUCGAAUCAAUCCCUGUACAUUCUAUUUUCUCAUGGGUUCAAUUGACAAUCUCUUCUACAUUUGUCUUAAUCUUCCCAUUCGAAUUUUGAUUGUUUCUUUUCAAAUUGAUGUUAUUGGAUCUUCCGAUAUAUGGUGUAAAAUACGAAACUUUCUUCUAACUGCUCCCAGUCUUAUUUCCAUCACCUUUUCAUGUCUGGCUACCAUCGAUCAAUUUUUCGUCACAUCAAAAAGUGCCUUCCUUCGAAAUUGCAGUCAAAUUAAAUGGGCACAUCGUAUAUCAAUUCUGGUGAUCAUUUUCUGGUGUGUUUAUUGUAUUCAUAUAUUCUUCGUAGUUCGAAUUGUACCCAUUCGAAUUGUACCCAGUACGAAGGUUUGCACAAGUGACAACCCAAGCUAUCUUGUCUAUUCGGCAGUGUAUCUACUUGCGAUCAUUUGUGGAAUACCCGUUGGCAUCAUGACUUUGUUUGGAAUUUUAACGUAUCGCAACAUUCGCCAAACGAUACGUCCUGCCGAGUUACACUACGAUCGUCAAUUGAUACGCAUGACAUUGAUUCAUGUUGCACUUGUUGCUGUUAGUUUAAUACCGUAUGGAAUUAAUAAUGCGUAUAGUUUAGUUACAGCUGGAACAGUGAAAAAUCUGAAUCAGCAGAUGAUAGAAUAUCUUGUUAGUACAAUUACGACUUUGGGUACAUAUCUAUACUAUGUGGGAAGUUGUUAUACGUUCUUAUUAACAUCGAAUCGAUUUCGUCAACGAGUGAAAAAGGAAAUCAUCUAUUGGCAUCGAAAAAAUACAAUCGGACCUGCUUAA